CCUUUCCCGAACCUCGAAGUGCUAGUAGGCCCACAAAUCUGGUAUCCGCAUUGUUCUAAUCUCAUGGCGUCCAUUUUGUCUCCUUUCCGAAGGGGCUACAGGCAUUUGCAACACCUCGCACAUGAACAACCAGUCAUCUUUUACUCUUGCGCCAUCGGGCUCGCGGGUCCAGUUCUUGCUCUGACUGUGCCCGUAGUCAGGAGGAACUGGCUCGGAUAUACUCCCGCGGAGCCUAUACCUACUACGUAUCCUGUACCGAAACGGCCGAGAAAGCCUGUACAAGGCUAUGAGGACGAGUAGAGUAAUUGAUGGUUGGGCUAGAAUCAUAGAUAGUUCAUAAGUCCUUUUAUUAUAUCACGAUAUAUCGCCUGCCAUACGUGUGUAUUAGGCAAACCAUCGGAGAGUAUCCUUUCAUCGCCUUGACCAAAUACCAUGAAUUUCCUCGCGAGAAUAUGCUAAUGGUGUAUGUCAGUCAGUAUGCUCUUACACCAUCACCCGCACCACCAAUUACGUUGAAUACCUAUUUCCGUGCUUGAGAGGCGCAGCCCCAAAUCUUGGGCUCUACCUAGACCAGGAAUAUGAC